CACCUCCUCCGUCAAGGUGUUUGAGAUCAAAUAUAAUAUUCCAAUUCACCAUCAUCUCACCCAAAUAUACCAGGAUAUUCAUAUACUUAAAAAGCUUUGUUCAUUACAUCAUCUUCUCUUCCCUCAUAACAAUCACACCACCAAAAAGACUUUCGACUCUGUCACCUUCCACCUUCCACCUUCCACCUUCCACCUGCCACCUGCCACCUGCCACCUGCCACCUGCCACCCAUUACUCUUAAUUCUCCUCCGACUUGACAACCUCCAACACGAAUGAGAGUUUAAUACUAGAAGCAGUUUUUAAUACUGUUGUGCAGAAAGGAAAAGUCUAUUUUCCCUGUCGAAGACGCCACCAAAACGCCACCAUGCCGGCAACUACUAUGCAGCACGUCACUUCCUUCUUUCGAUCUCAUUCGCACCCAUUCGACCUUCCAACCGAAGGGAAGAAAGGUCCAAGAAGGAAUUCAAACAGUAGACCGGCCUUGAAAAGUCGUACACCAUCAGCAGCCUCUUCUAUCACAGAAGAUAAAGGAACAAAGAUGCAUGAUCUUUCCCUCACUCAUAAACGUAUCUUAAUACCUGGUCUUCAUUCACCAAAGACAUCUUCGAAAACAGCCCCUAUAUCUCAUGGUGCAACACUGGAUUGUGCCAUUGAGUCACCACCCUUGGUUCUUUACGGUUCGACAGUUUCGAGUACUGGCGCAUUACUCUCUGGACAAUUGAAAUUACAUAUUCAUGAUGAGAAGUUUGCGAUUGAGUCAUUCAAGAUGCGAUUGGCAUUGGAGGUGACGCAAAAGAAACCAUUUCAUGCGCAUUGCAAUGAGUGCGCUCAUCAAUCAAAUGAUUUAACCACUUGGAAUUUCCUUCAAGGUCCAGCUACUCUUCGAAAAGGUACAUAUUAGUUCAUAUUCAUCUUUUUUGUUUCAGGAUGCUAACUCAAUCUUCAGGCGAACAUGAUUUCCCCUUUAGCUUUCUCCUUCCCGGACAUUUACCGGCGAGCAUGAAGAGUUCAUUAUCUAAUAUCGAAUAUGUUCUCAAGGCUACGCUUGUACCAAAGACUGGCGAACCGAUGAAACUCUCCCACGUCCUCAACAUCAAGCGCGCUAUUAUUCCUUCCGACAUUCCUCGAAGUUCAAUGCGAAUCUUCCCACCAACCAAUUUAAUAGCAAAUGCCCAACUCCCUGCAGUUAUCUACCCAAUUGGAGAAUCAAACAUAUCAAUGCGCAUGGAUGGUGUUGUGAAUCGAAAUGCAGAUGCAAAGACACAAAAUCAUUGGAAGUUAAAACGUUUAACAUGGCGUUUGGAUGAAACCCAUAGAGUUAUCUCACCGGCAUGUCCCAAACAUGCCGCCAAAGUGACAAAGGAAGGAGAGAACAAGAAAGGUGCCGCUCACCAAGAUUGUCGUACCUUAGCUACCGAGGAGAUUAAAUCCGGAUGGAAAUCAAAUUACGAUACAGCAGAUGGAGCCAUCGAAAUUGAAUUCCCAAUUUCUAUUCGUCCAGAUGCAAAACCAAUUUGCGACAUGACAUCUGAGGAUGGUACCGAAGUUUUCCAUACUCUCAUCGUUGAGAUGAUUGUUUCGGAAGAAUUCGCACCGAUCAAGAAACCAUCUCAAGUAACACCAACUGGAGGAGCAAGAGUAUUGAGAAUGCAUUUCAAAAUGACAGUUACCGAGAGAUCAGGUUUGGGUAUCUCAUGGGAUGAGGAACAACCUCCUUUAUAUGAGAAUGUUCCUGCUAGUCCUCCUACUUAUAUCGACACGGAAGUUUAUGAUGGACCACCAAUUCCUGAUUAUGAAGAUUUAUCAGCAUUGGAUGACGGAAAUGAAAUUUGAGUUGGAAGUGGCAUGGGAGUUGGAGCUCAUUAAUAAGGCAUUUAUUUCAUUCAUCAUGAAUUAUUUGUAAAUAUCGGCGUUUGGGAUAGCUUCGGAUGCAUACUGGGCAUGGUAUUGCAUUGGCUUAUUUAUACACUUACUGGGAAGGGAAUUUUUGACUUGCUUUUGCAAAAGGCGCUUGAUGGAUAUACCCCUUUACCCAUGGACGGAUUAUUUUUGUUUGUAUGGAAUGGGUAUGGGAUGGAUGGAUGGGAUGGAAAAAGAGGAAAAGGGAAAAUUGGAGUUUAGUGAAGAGGAUCAGAGACAGAGAUGUUCUGAUGGAUGAUAGAUGAUACUAGUAUUGCCUCUCUUGUUUGUAUGGAAUGAAUAGAUUUAUAUCAAAUAAGAACUUAAU